AGUCCCAACUCACAACUGCAGGAUGGCCACCACAGCCCGGUCGCUAGGCCGCUCAGCGUUCUCGUUUACCUUCACGCAUGCCGCACGACGAAAUGUGGCUGCCGGCUUCCCUCGUGCGCGAUGGUUUUCGGCCUCGCCGUCAAAUCUAAUGCCAGAAGACCCUCCAGUGCCCGCUUCCAGGCCGACGAACUUGCCGGACAAGCUGCCCAACCUGCCGGAAUAUUCGCCAGAGAACUUCGGUAAGGAGGAUCGGUCAAUGUACAGUAUGAUGUCGCCGGAGGACCGGGCGGUGUUUGACGCCCACAACCGCAAGAUGGUGGAGGACUUCAACGACCCCGUCAAGCGGAAGCAGAUGCUUGCGCAGCUCGACAAGCUGGUCGAGCGCCAGCCGGUGAUCAAGUUCGAUGAAGCCGGUCUGCCGAGGAACAAUGGCUUCUGGGCGGAGGAGGAAGAGGACGAGUUCGCUCAAGUCGAGGACGCAGACGAUGAGUUCCAUGACGACGAUAUCACAUCCAUGGCCCAUGCGGAGCUGGAGGUGCACCGUGAAAUUCGCGAGUACGCGAGAAUCGCGGCAUGGGAUAUGCCUGCGUUGAGCAGCUUAGCGGAGCCAUUCACCCUUCCCCCGAAGACUCACCUCCUGCGCUUCCGCUAUACCACAUACAUGGGUGAACAGCACCCCGCCGAAUCCAAGGUGGUCGUGGAACUGUGCUCGAAGGACCUGGUGCCCGACCACCUGACCGAGGCGCAGCGACAGACCUUCCUAAAACUCGUGGGACCGCGCUACAACCCGCAGACCGACACGGUGCGCAUGUCGUGCGAGAAGUUCGUCAACCGCGCCCAGAACAAGCGUUAUCUCGGCGAACUGGUCGGCUCGCUGCUCCACGAGGCCAAGAAUGGCGAUGCCUUCGCCGACAUCCCGCUCGACACCCGCCACCACAGGCCCAAGACCAACCUGCGCUUCCCGGAUGAGUGGGUCAUGACCGAGCAACGCCAGAAACAGCUCGCCGCUCGCCGCGCUGAGCGCCUCGCCCUCGAACAAGACCGUCUCAAUGACAUUGUCGACGGCAACGCCGUCGUCGCCCACGCCGUCAACACCAUCCCCAGUCUGACCCCCGGCUCCGCCAACGCAAGCGAAGAGCCUGAGCGCGUGGGUGUGCGCGUUGCUGCAAAGGCAAAGAAGACGAGGAGGCUGUGAUAUUCGGGUUCAAGAGUCAUUUCAGGCCAAUCUAUAAGAAGAUUGAAGAACGACGGAUCCAGUGUCAAACUCUACAGUGUACUAUACUAAAUUUCAUCAAACUUUCUUUACCUUGUAUAUCUGUUCCAAUACAAAAAAAACCACAGCGGCAUUAAUAUUGCUAGAAUAGGUAACCUAUUACUUUGCCUGCCCAAUAACUAAAAUUCAGACCACCAGUACAAAACAACAGAGAAUCAGAAAAAACAAGAGAACUAAAGGAAAAAAAAAAAAACAGCCAUCCCUUUCCCUGAACAUCAUUUCCUCCCCUUUCUUGCGCCUUUCACCUUCCUCCCCGCUUUUUUUUCGCCUGUUUUUCUGUUUCCUAUAACACAUAUAAAAGACAUUGCAGUGCUAUAAUACAAACGUGGUGAUCCUGUUGACCCGGAGGCCAGAGGCAAAAGGAUAAAUAAAAUCAAAUCAAAUAGAAA